AUGAACCAAAUGAUCAAUGAUGGAAAUCUAAGAUAUCGACUUGCCAGCGCAAACAAUAUUCUUUGUUUUGAGUUGGAUGCUGCAGGUCUACCCUCUUAUGUGCCAUGUCUAAUAAUUCGUGGCAUAUGUGAUUAUGCCGACUCUCAUUCUAGCGAUACCUGGCAGGGUGUAGCUGCAGCUGCAGCUGCAGCAUAUACUACAGAAUUACUGUCUGUAAUCAAGCCUAUCUCGACACCGGCGGUUUCACUAGUAACAUUGGCCAGUUCUAACGUUUCAGGUAAGUUACAUCCGAACGACGAAGACUUCGAAUCUCUUGCCGUGCCAUUGGUAAAGAAGUUGAGCUGUUAUCCAAUCGCUAUCGUUCAUGCUGCAGGUUAUAUGAAAUCUCUUGGACAAAACCUUCACGACUAUCUGGCAAUUUUUCACGAGCAAUCAAGACUAGAAGAAAACUCAUUGAAUGCUCUUCUGGACUCGAUGUUGGAGAAUCUCCGCAACCAUCAACCGGAGGCAGCUGACUUCCUAUUCACACUGACAUCGUUCAAUGUGGAAGAAAUUCCACAACGUCUCUUGCAGCCAUCUCGCGAGGAGGGAGACAAUCCCCCAAUCGAGGUCCAACGCUUGGUCGAGAUUGGACUACUGUCUUACAGUCCCGACAAAGAAUCGUUCUUCCUACAUAAUGCGGUUGGAUUAGCAAUCCGCGAGCGCCUGGAAAAUACACAUCAGGAAGCAUACUUUGCAUCAAAGGCCUUGGAGUUGAUGGCCGACCGGGUAGAGACAUGCGAAGCCCUCAUACCUGUCGCUCUCUCCACUCUGCGGCAAAAGUUACGCCCAUCUUCUUGGGAGGCCCAGGCACUCCUGCUUUUCAAGGUUGGCGUCUUUCAACAUAAUAAGGGCGAGCCCGAUCAAGCUUUUGGGAUGUUAUCUGAAGCAUGCAAAUUCUUAAAGGUGAACCACUGUCCAGAUGAUCAGCCAUCAGCAGCUAUGGCAAGGGAGGCUUCAGCGUCGGUACUACUUGCGCGUGGCGGAUACAUGGAAGCCACACAGAUUAUCCAGGCCACCUUGGAGCAGAAGCUAAAAAAGCUGGGUGAUGGCCAUCCAUCCUGA